AUGGCCAUUCUAACAGAGCUUUCGAGCGACGUUGCGGGCGAAGGACUCUGUCAGCGUGACGUACAUACGGGUACAAUUUAUGUCGAUGCGCAUGGAAAGCGGGUAUCGGCACCGCUCGAUGCGGAAGACUAUGUUCUCGACGAUUCAGACGAGGACGAGCUCGUGGAAGACGAGUCGAAUGCGCAGACGCUGUAUGCCCAGGUGGAAGACAAUAAGCUGGAUGCGUCCACGGAGUUCAAGCUAGAUUUAAUUAUUUGGUGCAUGCCGUUCUUGUUUAUAUUUGAGCUUCUGAAUAUUCUUAUCCAGCAGCAGUACCACGAGACCGUGACGGUGACUGGCGAGAUCAAAACGGUCGCUACACGACUGCCUCCGUUGUGCUUGCUGAUUUGGUGGACGCAACGAGAAUCACGCCGCUGGCUGGUGCAGCUUACGAUGCUGUCUGUCGGCACAGUCUCAGGUGCCUACUUUAUAUACCUGGUCAACGAUGCAUCCUACCUCGCGAACAUGGCCCAAACGCCGGCGCUGGGCACAUUGUGGAUUUAUGCAAUUGUGCGGCUGGACCUUACUUUUGGUGGCCUUUUGGAAACCGCGCAGCGCUCUUUUCGUCACCACCAAGUCAAGAUGCCUCCCAAGAAGUCUGCCAUCGCGGCUGCGGCGAACAAGACCGGCAAGAAGAAGAAGUGGUCGAAGGGCAAGGUCAAGGACAAGGCCCAGAACGCCGUUUACCUUGACAAGAUCCUGUACGAGCGUGUGAUCAAGGAGGUGCCCACCUUCAAGAUGAUCACUCCUUCUGUGCUCAUUGACCGUCUGAAGAUCAAUGGCUCCAUGGCGCGCCUUGCUAUUCGCCACUUUGAGCGCGAAGGCCAGAUCAAGCCUUUGAUUCACCACAACGGCCAGCUCGUUUACACGCGUACUGGCAGCGACUAA